AUGCCUGCCUGGUUCUCGCUGUGCGCCCUGCUGGUCCUGCUACCCGCCCUGCUGGGCUACCUGCGGGAGACGUGCCGGGUCCGCCGGCCGGAGUCGGAGCUGGUGCGCCAGAGGUACCACAGCGUGCGGCGCGAGGACCUGCAGCAGGUGCGGCUGGCGCGGCACGAAGCCGUCGCUGAAGUGAAGAGAUUCCUGAUCCACCUGGAGGCCUUCCUGAGCUGGCUGUGCUGUGCCUGCGAGGGGGCGUACCGCGUGCUGCACUGGGAGACCCCCGCCUUGUCGUCCCAGUUCUAUGGGGCGCUGCUGGGCUCCCUCUGUGUCCUGUACCUGCUGCCCCUCUGCUGGGUCCUCGCCUUGCUCAACAGCACCCUCUUCCUGGGGAACGCUGAGUUCUACCGAGGGAGCAGCCCCCGGCUGAGCUGGGCUCUCCGGCAGGAGGACGACGACGUCUCCCAGUGCUCGGUCGAGUUCGACAUCGGCCUCCCGGACAGCAGCGUCAUGAGCAAGAACGAGGUGAUCCGCAGCAAGGUGUCACGGCUGACCGAGCGCCUGCGCAAGCGCUACCCCAGCAACAACUUCGGGAGCUGCACCGGCUGCGCAGCCACCUUCUCCGUGCUCAAGAAGAGGCGGAGCUGCAGUAACUGCGGAAACAGCUUCUGCUCCCGCUGCUGCUCCUACAAAGUCCCCAAGUCCUCCAUGGGAGCCACAGCCCCGGAUGCCCAGAGGGAGACAGUGUUCGUCUGCGCGUCGUGUAACCAGGCUCUCGUCAAGUGAGCGGAGACCCCGCCGGGGGCGUCUCUGGCUGCCCGUCCCGGCCGCUCGGGGCAGGAGAGCACCAGGAUCCUGCGUCGCUGAGACCCCCGCCUGCCCUGGCGCUGCCCGGCCCAUGGCACUGGGUGGCUGUGGGGGCCCCACUGCUCUGUUCCCUGGAGCUUUGCUGCAGGGGGCUGG